AUGUCGGCAAUUUGGAACACUAAAAAUCAUCCUGAUCAGGUAUCUGCUACUGGAACUGAAGCCGAUCCUUCUAGAUCCCUUCCUCUUCCUAACUCUGGAGAACCAUCAAACACCUCUACUGCUGCAUCUGCCUCAGCUAUUGCCCAAUCUGAUCCCCAAGUUGUUGCAGCACAAAACUUAGAUGGAAAUCCCGCUCCUAAGUUAUCCACAACAGAAAUAGGCAAUUCUUCUUCAUCCGGACUGCAAGCAUUCCAGAAUCAACAGCAACAUCCAGUUUUACCACCACCUCCUCCUUCCAUUGGAAAUAACUAUCAAUUUCCUCCUCUAACUAAUCUCAACAACUUACCAAGGUAUAGUUUCACAGCUCCUUCCCAAGGUCAAACUACUAGCUUACCGCCUUUUAACAGCAUCACACAAGGUGUCGACGAAGGAGUCCCAAAUCCUAGUCCAGCAUCUAAAGAUAACAUCAAACUUCCCUCUGCAGAUUCUCUACUAAAGUCUCCUCAAAAAAAGCAUGGGGAAAAGGUACCUCCUUUGGCUAAAUUUGCAGGGCCCCAAGAGAUUUUGCAACCAGGAGGUGAUGUGGUUGAUAAAUCUGCUGCUUCCCCCUCUGUACCAGAACAAAUUGUUCCACAUACUAACUCGGAGCACGAAGUGACUGCAACACAAGCGCAAGUGCAAGCUCCAGAAAUGUCUGAAAAUGGUGCAAAUUAUAAGCCACUUAACGUUAAAGAUGCAUUGUAUUAUCUUGAUCAAGUGAAAUUAAAAUUCAAGAACAAGACUGACGUUUAUAAUAAUUUCUUGGAUAUUAUGAAAGACUUCAAAAGUCAUAAUAUUGACACUCCAGGUGUGAUUGAAAGGGUAUCUUCCUUAUUCAAAGGUCACCCAGAACUAAUUAGUGGUUUCAACACCUUUUUGCCUCAAGGGUUUUCGAUUGAGUGUUCUCCUACUGAUACAAAUACCAUUGUUGUCACCACUCCAAUGGGUACCUCAAUCAGAAGAGAUUCGGCUGAGCUAAAUGAUUUACACCCACAGCAUAAACCUGAGGAUAGAAUAACCAAUACUGUUGAAGCACAUAUUGAACAAGAUAGACAACUUAAUGGGCCUACUUCUGUGGUAGAAACAGGCAAUAUCCAACAUGUUCCAUCUAAUGCAAAUGAAGAACAGAAAGUGGAGGCUAAACAAAGUACACCAGCUGAAUUCGAUCAAGCAAUUAAUUAUGUUAAUAAGAUCAAACAAAGGUACGCUUCACAACCUGACAUUUACAAAUUAUUUUUAGAAAACUUACAGAUGUAUCAGAAGGGAAUAAAACCGAUCAAUGAAGUCUAUAGAGAAAUUUCGGUUCUAUUUAGAGACGCUCCAGAUUUACUGGAAGAUUUCAAACUAUUUAUGCCUGAUAAUACCGUUAUAAGGGAACCUCCACAAGAAUAUGCAGCAUACUCAAACUACUAUGGUCAAAAUGUGCAACUUCCACCUGUAGGUAACUUCCAAUCAGGUCCUUACCCGGGUGAUCAGGCAAUCAUGGUAGCACCCCAAUUUGGAGUAGAUCAGCAAACAGAUUACCAAAACUAUCCGAAGCCACAAAUAUAUGCCGAGGAAGCUCAAGUGAAAACAAAGGGUAAAAAAGGAUCAGUGCCUAGUAUAAGUCAAAUGCAAACUGUUCAAAAUCAAGGACACUUACAACCAUAUGAUGAAUUCCCUGUUUCUAAUUUAAGAGGCUCGCUUUAUGAGCAGCAAACACCAAAGCCUGCAUUAAUUUCAGGCGUUUUGGAGCCAGUCUAUCCUAAGAUGCUAGAUACUGAUCUCACCAAUGAAAUUGCAUUUUUUGAUAAAGUAAAGAAAGCUGUUGGUAACAAGCAAACAUAUAACGAAUUCUUGAAGUUGCUUAAAUUAUACUCUAGUGAUGUCAUUGAUAAAAAUACUUUACAUAAUAAGUCCCGUGCAAUAAUUGGUGGGUCUCCUGAAUUAUUUGAAUGGUUCAAAAAGUUCAUUGGAUACGAAGAAAAACCUUUGAGAAUCGAGGAUAUUGCAAUCAAAAAGCAGCAGAUUGACUUAUUAAUGUGUAAAGCAGAAGGUCCUUCCUACAGAUUGUUACCCAAAUCGCAAACCAAAAUGCCUUGCUCUGGUAGAGAUGAUUUAUGUAAAUCUGUUUUUAAUGAUGAAUGGGUUGGGCAUCCUGUAUGGGCUUCCGAAGAAUCAGGCUUCAUUGCACAUCGGAAAAAUCAGUAUGAAGAAAUGCUGUUCAGAAUUGAAGAUGAAAGGCAUGAAUAUGAUUACUAUAUGGAAGCUAACUUGAGGACGAUCCAAACCUUGGAGACUAUCGCCAAUAGAAUGGCGAGUAUGACCCCUGAGGAAAAGGCGAAAUUUAAGUUGCCAGUCGGAUUAGGACAUACAUCAAGUACCAUUUACAUGAAAGUUAUCAGAAAAAUAUAUGACAAGGAUAGAGGGUGGGAAGUUAUCGACGCGCUCCAUGAAAAUCCUGCGGUUGCUGUUCCUAUCGUCUUAAAAAGGUUGAAACAAAAAGAUGAAGAAUGGAGAAGAGUUCAUAGAGAAUGGAAUAAGGUUUGGAGAGAAGCUGAGCAAAAGUUACUAAUAAAGUCACUAGACCAUUUGGGUUUAUCAUUCAAAAACAUUGACAAAAAGUUAUUGACAAACAAACAGCUUGUCAGCGAACUUUCCACUAUUAAACAAGAACAGAAUAACAAGCUAGUACAUCCACUGAUGACUAGGCAAAAGCGUGAAAUAAUCACCAAAUAUGAUGAUUUCAGUAUUUUUAUGGAUAUCUUGAAGCUUGUACACACAAAUAUCAAACGUAAUCAACUAUACUCGCAAAAUGACAAGGAUAGAAUGGAGACAUUUAUGAAGUCUUUCUUGAUUAAAUUCUUCUUUUUGGACUCUAACUAUAUUGAUGAAGAGCUAAAAAAUAGGGGAAUUGUCAACGAUCAUGAAGCAGAACAAAUAGAAGGACAUGUUGGCGAGCAUGUUGGGUCAAACAUGACUCUUCCGACUCUUUCGCAAACUAAAAAGAGGCCUAGAGAAUAUGAUUUGUUGAAAAAUGUCUUACGUAAAAAUAAAAGAAAGAAAAUCGAUCAGCAAGCUCAACCAGUUGAAGAAACAGUUCUUGAAGAAGAACCAACCUCUGAAGAAGCACAAAAGGCGCAAUCUAACUGGAUUUCUGAUGAGGUAGUAGAAGACAAUCAAAGUGAAAAAAGAGAUGAAUUUAACUUUUUCGUGAAUACUCAAAUCUAUGUUUUCUAUAGACAUCUUGACACUCUCUAUAAGAGACUAUUGGAAAUAAAGAAGAUGUCACCUGAAGUUAAUAAAGAAAUCAAAUCUAGAGUUGACACAAAAUUUGCUGUUGACCUGGGUUUGCUCGACCAUCAUUUGGAAGACAUGGGCGUGGCUAUCAAGGGUGAUGAUUCAUAUGGUGAGGCACUUGAAUUGUGUGUGAAACUAAUUGAUAGUAAGAUUGAACAGAGUACCUUCGAAGAGUCUUUACGUAAUGGAUUUAGAAACAAAGCGUUCAAACUAUUCACAAUUGAUAGAGUGAUUCAAAACUUGAUGAAACACUGCCACACCAUUGUUUCUGAUUCAAAGUGUAGUGAAAUACUAAUGCUAAUGGAAAAAGACCGUAACCAUUUAACUACUUCAAUAAAAGAUCAAAUUCUCUACAGAGUUCAAGUUAGAAGUUUUAUGAAUCCUGAUGAAAACAUGUUCAAAAUUUUGUAUAAUAUGGCCACUUUCACAACUACAAUCACAUUUCUAGCUUUAGAUGAUUUAACUAUCAAAGAUAGUAGUGACACUAAGGAUAGCAAAUGGAAAUAUUAUUUGACAAGUUAUUCCAUGUCACACCCUACUGAAGGUCUAGAUCCUUCUAAGAUCAAUGUUCCAUUUUUGAGAAGUCAGUUGAAUAUGGAACAAGAAAACGAGGAUGAAAUUGAAGGUGUUGUUGAUUCUAAACUUGCUGUUAAGAUUGAUAAAGAUACAUAUAGAAUGAGAUUUGAGCCCGAAUCUUAUGAUUUAUUCAUAAGGAAUUCACUCUACAAGACCCAGCCAUCAAAUACGAGAACGAAAAAAUUAAGACUUUUGAAGCUCGCAAGUAUUGUUGAUGGUGAUUAUGGGAUCGCUGGUGAGCUCAAAGAAGAUGGAUUGAAGUUGGCGAACGAGAGGCUACAGGUAUUGGUCCACCAAGGCCCUGAAGAAUAUCUCAAGUUUGAGCACAAACAAAAGCAAAAACAGAUAGAAGCGAAAGAUGAACAUAGAGCUGCAAUGCAAAAUGAGGAGGUACGUGGAGAUACAUCAGAAAUGGUCUCGGAACUCAAGCAAGAAGUCAACAGUGUAGGAGAUACACAAACUGACGACAAAAUGGAAAUUGAUCAGGUUUCUAAAAACGAAGAAGCAGCAAAUGUUAAAGUGAAUCAGGAGGAGAAAAGCGUGAUUGCAAAUAGUAUGGUUACUGAAGCUUCUGAGGAAAGAAAGGAUGCUGCAGAAGAAACUACUGUUUUUGAAGGCGACUCCACGAUCCAGCAAGAUGAAACUAUGGAAAGAGUCGACAUCUAG